AUAUUCUGACCCGAGAGUAGUUUGGUUCAUUAUUGGUUAUUGCACCAAAGCAAAAAUGGAAGUAUAGAAGACGCAGAAGUUUUAUUAAAUUUCUGUUUCAUUUUUGAAGUGAAACAUGGCAUCUACAAGCAAAGGUCCUCGGGCGGCUGUGCUGAGUUGCCCUGAACACCCAGAUACACCCCUGGUGGAGGACUACCAUGCUGGUGAUAUGAUCUGUCCUGAAUGUGGGCUUGUUGUGGGGGACAGGGUGGUAGAUGUUGGUACAGAGUGGAGAACUUUCAGCAACGAGAAAAGCGACAAGGACCCAUCUCGAGUUGGUGCUUCAGAGAACCCGUUACUGGAGGGUGGCGACUUGUCUACGAUGAUUGCCUUUGACCCGAAGACCACGCAGCAGAUGGAUGAGAAUGGAAAACCCAUGUACAAGAACAGACGCACAAUGAAUUCCUCUGAUCGAGCGCUAUUGAAUGCCUUUAGAGAGAUCUCUCAAAUGGGCGACAGACUGAACCUGCCUAAGAUGGUAGCUGACAGAGGGAACACACUUUUUAAGCAAGUGAAUGACACAAAAUCGCUGAAGGGCCGGAGUAACGAUGCCAUCUGCUCGGCUUGUAUGUACAUCGCCUGUAGACAGGAAGGGGUGCCCAGGACAUUCAAAGAAAUAUGUGCUGUAUCGAAGGUUUCAAAAAAAGAGAUAGGUCGAGUGUUUAAGCUCAUCUUGAAGGCUCUGGAAACCAACGUAGAUCUCAUUACCACAGGAGAUUUCAUGGCCCGGUUCUGUUCGAACCUGACCCUGUCAUCCAAGAUCCAGAAGGCAGCCACAUGCAUCGCCAGGAAGGCUGUAGAUCUCUACCUGGUACCGGGUCGCAGUCCAGUAUCAGUGGCUGCUGCCGCGAUCUACAUGGCCUCACAAGCAUCCGAAGACAAGAAAACACAGAAAGAGAUUGGCGACAUAGCAGGUGUGGCAGAAGUGACUAUCCGACAGGCAUAUAAGCUAAUGUAUCCUCACGCACACAAACUGUUCCCAGAAGACUUCAAGUUCCACACACCUAUAGACCAGCUACCCGCUCAAUGAGGGAACAACUUUCUUUAACAGUUAGGAUGGAACUUCUUUCUUCAACAGUUGGGAUGGAACUACUUUCCUCAACAGUUGGGAGGGAACUUCUUUCUUCAACAGUUGGGAGGGAACUUCUUUCUUCAACAGAUUAGAGGGAACUAAUUUCUGGAACAACGAUUGGUCCCCCUUUCUUCAAAGGUCUAAGGACUUCUUCGUAAAUUGCCAGGGGACUGCUUUUAUGAACAAAUAAUGGAUUUCUUUCUUCCAGGUCCUAGAACUACUUUUUAAUGGUUAAGGGACUACUUUAUAUUUCAGUCAGGGUAUUUUUUUCUUCAGUAUUGAGAAGACUUUUUUGUUAAGCUGUUUUUUUUUUGCUCUCUUCAGAAGAGACAGAACUACAUGGGAACUUAAAUUUUUAUUUUAAUGGAAUUCUUUUUCAUGGGAGAUUGGUGCUUAUUUUAUUGUUUCGAUUCGUUAUUUCAAGUCUUAAGUUGCCAUUUUAUUAGGUAAGGACUUGGGUCUCAUUCAUUUCAUGAAAGAAAUUGCCAUUAUUUAAUUAAAGAAAUCAAAUUCAUAUGUGAUAUAUCAAAUAUAGUUAUAUGAAUUUAUUAUAAUUCCUUUGUGUUUUGCAUAUAUGUGUAGGAUCAAAUUUGAAGCCAUAAAUUUGCAUUUAUACAUUAUAAUUUUAGUUUACAAGCUUAUCGAAAAAAAAUGCGCAUUAAAAAUAAUCCUCAAUUUUGUUUAAUCAUUCAUGUGCCAUUUAUGACAAUGAUUUUAUGAAAACUUUAAAAGAUAAAGUCCUUUAGCAUAAACUUAUAUAAGAAAAAUUACUUCUGCCUUUUUAUCUAUAUAUUGCUUGCCAGAGUUUUUUAUUUUAUAUGUUAUAAGAAUGAAAUAAGCAUAAGUAUUUCAUUGUCAUGUUUUCUUUGAAUAUGACAGAAUGUGUUUGGAUGUUGUUUUUUAAAUUUUUCAAUGUAAAUCAUAUACAUAUUCUACUUAAUCGGGCUGACAAACAUACACAGAAGAUAGUUUUCUCUCUGAUAGCUCUAUUGACCAUAAUGUUGCUAUUUUCCUGGUGACCGUAUAUAAGUUUGGUAUCAUUUGAUACAAUAUUGCCCUCUGAUUACUACUAUGUGAAAUAAACGACCAAAACUACAUUUAUAUAUUGUUAUUUUUUUCAAGGCCAAAAAUUUGUUUCUCAUUCAAUUUCUGUGUAUGUUUAAAGCUGCACCCUCACAGAUUGAACGUUUUGACAACUUUUUUUUUUUGUCUUGGAAUGAGCCAAUUUUUGCAAAAAUUAAAGGAAACCAGACUGCUGACAAAAAAUCAGAUCGCAUAUUUUUAUAUUCAAGUUCAAAAAUUGAUGUUAUAUGCAUUUUUCUUAAACUGUAAGCAAUCUGAAUAGAGAUUUGUCAGCAAACUUAUAUCAUUAGUGAGCAGAUAUUUACGCCAAAAAUGCUCUUUCCUAGACAAAAUAAUAAAAAAAGUUGUUAAAAUGGUCAAACUGUGAGAGUGCAGCUUUAACAUGUCCUUUUCCUGCACUGUAAACCCUUUCAAAUAAUAUGAAAUUAAUAUAGGUUCACCAGGCACCCAAAAUUUGCAUUAUUUUGAGUGCUUAGCAAAAGAAUGUUUUAACACUCUAUUUCUAUAUUGAGAUGCAGUGGUCAUGCACUAAUCCUGCAAUUUAUGUUUGGAAAGCUGAGUCCUGAGGACAAUCAUGCAAGUUUUUGAUGUCUGGUGAUCCCAUAUUAUUAUGUUGUCCUUUUAAAGGGUUUGGAGUGAAGGGAAAGAACAUGUAAAAUUUUACAAAAACAAACUAUACAAACAUUGGUUUUUGGCCUUGAAAAAUAGGUUAUUCCACAUCUGACUUAAAAUUAAAUAAAAUUAUACAUAUUGUCAUAACUUUGUCUGUAAUAUAUUUUUGGUCAUUUAUUAUUAUUAUUAUUAUCCCUUGAAAAAAAUAUUAUUGUACCAGGAAACAAAAUUUAACAUUAUUGCCAAUAGCUAAAUGCAUGAGAUACUUGUUUUAACAUACGAUACCUGAAGAACUGGAUAUUUGCUAUGAACAUGCCAUCAUCACCAUGGUGAUAAAAUGAAAUUAAGUAUUAUCUUUUUAUGAAUAAAAGGUUGUUCUGUUAAACUUAUAUUAACAAUAAAAUUUUGAUUUUUAA